GGACACACACACACACACACACACGCACACACACGCGUGCAGGUGAGAGACUUCGGACUCUAGAAAAAAAUUGUUAAUGGUACUACGAGUUUUCAAAUUUCAGUUGUAGACGGGCAACCUUGUACUCAGUCUCAGUUCCGCUCCCAGGUUGUUUCAGACACACACACAUAUUUAGGCUGAGGAUGUCUGUUUUAUGACUCUUGUUUGGUCUUAAAAAGUGUGCUAGAGGCUGACUGGAGACACUGAACUGCAAGAUCAUACAGACACAACCAUCCCAGAAUCUAACAAGCCAUGUGGGUGCUCCUGGCAUCGUUAUUCGCCCUCUCCAGUGGGGGCCUGUCUCUGGAGGAGCUCAACAUGUGUAUGGAUGCCAAACACCACAAAACACAGCCUGGCCCUGAGGGAAAACUCUACCUUCAGUGUGCUCCCUGGAGGGAGAAUGCGUGUUGUACUGCCAACACCACUGAAGAGGCCCACGGCGACAACUCCUACCUGUAUAACUUCAACUGGAAUCACUGUGGUAUUAUGAGUCCCCAGUGCAAGAAGCAUUUCAUUCAGGACACUUGCUUUUAUGAGUGCUCGCCACAUUUGGGACCGUGGAUAGAAACGGCGGAUGAAAGCUGGCGUAAGGAGCGUAUCUUGAAUGUGCCUCUCUGCAAGGAGGAUUGUGAACAAUGGUGGGAAGACUGCAAAAAUGACAUCACUUGCAAGAUGAACUGGCACAAGGGAUGGGAUUGGAGCUCAGGAAUAAACAAGUGCCCUGAAGGAAGCAAAUGCAGGAAGUGGACAGAUGUGUUCCCCACUCCCAAGUCCAUGUGUGAAGAAAUCUGGUCCAAGUCUUACCUUUAUACCACUUACACCAAAAGUUCUGGCCGCUGCAUGCAGCUCUGGUUCACUGGACCUAACCCCAACACGAAGGUAGCUGAGUACUACCUCAAUAAUGCAAAGCAGUCCCAAAGCUUUGCUCUGACAACACUGCUCUUCCUGGCUGCGAUGUCCUUCUCCGCAAUGAUGUGAUCAAAUGACGCCUUUGAUAUCUAUCAUCUUGUUAAUUGCAAUAAAAAAGUUCACGUGUUU